UACGCAAUUCGACGAGCCUUGCAUCGUCUCUAACGUUCGGUAUUUGAAAGGCGAUCCGAGCGACAGCGAGCUCUGCCACUUCUUCCCCAAAGCAGAGAGCAGAGAUGGGAGGCGAGGAGAAGAGGCAUCAGAUGAUGCAAAACCUCUUCGGCGAUCAGUCCGAAGAGGAGGAGGAAGAGAUCGAUUCCGAGCACGAAUCAAACCCUCAGCCGCCGGAACUGGACUACCUCUCCGAUGAAGCAGAGGGAGGCCUUGAGCCUGAAGGCGAGGGAGAAAUUGAUGUCGAGGGCCACGGAGAGGUUGAUGUGGAGAGUGAAGGUGACCUGCGUGACAUUGAUCCUCAUCCGGGAGAAAGUGAAGGUGAGAGGGAUCAAAGUUUGGAGGAAGUUAUAGUUGGUGAGAGGGAAGACAGUGGAAGGAAGGAGACAGACAGUGACGAGAAAGAAGAGUACGGUCAAAGAGUGGUGACAAGCAGGAGAAGGGAUGUAAUUGAAAGUGCAUCAGAGAGGUCCGAGGAACAUCAUUAUCUUGAUGAUGAAGAUGAAGAAGUUGAGCAGGCCAGAAGUCCGAGUAAGCGGCCAGAUGAGGACAAGGAUGAAAAUCUCCCUGCAAGUUCGGCUCCAGAGAUACGUGAUGUGUUUGGUGAUUCUGAUGAUGAAGAGGAGGAAGGCUAUGUUGUCCAAAAUGAGAUUGAGGAGGACACAAAUCGGUCACCAAUGGAAGAUGGGAGCUAUGGGAGGGGUCUCAGGCCCGAAGACAUGGUACCUGAUGAAGAUGCUAGAUAUGAGUCGGAAGAGGACAAUAUUGAUGCUAAAGUGAAAGAGAAGCCCCUUGGUCCCCCUUUGGUGCUAGAGAUUCCUUUACGCCCACCACCGGCUCAUCCAGAGAAGAUGAACAUGAUCAAAGUAUCAAAUAUCAUGGGCAUUGAUCCUAAACCUUUUGACCCAAAGACAUAUGUUGAAGAGGAUACAUUUGUGACCGAUGAAUCUGGAUCUAAGAAACGCAUUCGCUUGGAAAAUAACAUUGUGCGUUGGAGAAAAGUUAGAAAUCCAGAUGGCACCUCAUCUUAUGAAAGCAAUGCUCGCUUUGUGCGAUGGUCAGAUGACAGCUUACAGCUAUUGAUAGGAAAUGAAGUUCUUGACAUAUCAGUGCAAAAUGCGCAACAUGACCAAUCACAUCUUUUCCUGAGGCAUGGAAAGGGAUUUCUUCAAUCACAAGGGAGAAUUUUGAGAAAGAUGAGAUUCAUGCCAUCUUCAUUGACAUCAAAUUCUCACCGAUUAUUGACUGCUCUUGUUGACUCACGUCAUAAGAAGGUCUAUAAGGUUAAAAAUUGCAUAACCGACAUUGACCCAGAGAGAGAAAAGGAGGAAAGAGAAAAGGCUGCAAAUCAAAGUAUCAGAGCUAAUUUACUUCUUAGUCGGAAGAAGGAAAAGGUAAAUAAGAAGUAUGCCCCAGCUGUGGAUCGGAGGCGCCAGCUUUCACCUGGUUUCUUAGAGGAUGCUCUUGAUGAGGAUGAAGAAACAGAUUACUAUGACUCUCGUCGAUCUCGCCGUCGCUUUGAGGAUGACCUCGAAAUGGAAGCUCAGGCAGAGAGACGCAUAAUGAGUGCUAAGAAGGGACAAAAAGAAGCCCCUCGCAAGUCUUCUGCACCUGCUGUUAAAUCAUCAAGGCGCCAAGUGGCAUUCUCAGAGAGUGAACGAGAAGAGUCUGAGUAUGAAAGUUAUGGGGAGGAGGAUGAGAGGUCACCCCCUCGCAGAAGAGCUGAAGUUCCUGAACAAGAAUAUGAGGAGGACGAGGAAGAAGAAGCCGAACCCGACGAAGAGGAAGCCGAAGUUAAUGGAGCAUCUGAGGAGGAGGAAGAGGUGGAGGAGCCAAAGCGAAAAGGGAGAGAUUACGGCUCCGGUUACAAGCGCAAGGAGAUCGAGUCAGAUGAGGAGUCUGGGCCACGGAAGGCCGCGGCACCCCAUCGCCGGAUGGCAGUCGUUUAUGAUUCUGAAGAGGAAUGAGUGGACGACAAAGUCCACCCCCAAAAAAAAAAAAAAAAAAAAUUGGCACUGCCGCAGUCUUGCUGCCUAGUGUUUUCUGGUUGUGUCCUGGGGAACAGCUUUAAGAUUUGCGCCCCCUUUUUUAAUGAUGUGGAAGUGCACUUGCACUGGCACAUGCUUUUAAAAAAUGUUUUAGGGCUUAACUCAGGCAAAUUGAUCUUAAUCAAUUUGUUCCGACACCUUCUUAAGAUAAGAUAUGUAUCUUGUUGAUUUUUUUGGCA